AUGAUUCAUUGGGGAAACUUGCGAAUAACACUUCAGUGCUGCGCGAUUUGUGCCGUGUUCUCCCAACUGCUUGUGAUGUCCCUGCAUUUUUUCAUUCUCGCCCCGAAUACCAGCCAAACACCGUAUCCCAAAAUCACACCCGUCCAUUCUGACAUCCAAGUGGACACAUUCAUCCCGGAAAAGUUUGAUGACGUCGUGCGCUAUAAAAAUGCUCGAUGGGAGGCCUUAAACACAUUGAACGGGUACAUCUUCCGAAAGGAUAAAAAGUUAAACUGCGAAAUGCCGGUAACCAUUUCCAAAUUCAACCGUCGUCUAAUUGCCGAUCGUCAUCCGUUCAUAGGAACUGCAUAUUUCAACUUCCCCAGGCACGUGGAUUUGCCCGGAAAACUGUGUCAAUUUAAACAAGGGUACUCUAUAGGAAAACACUCGAUCACUGAUCGUAAUUUUCAUCCACUUGUACUUUUACCUCUACUCUGUGGUAAUGGUACAGCGAAUACUUUGGACCUGUUAAUUCUCAUCAAGUCGGCCGGAAUACAUACACAUCGCCGAAUGGCGAUACGCAAACUGUGGGGUGAUAAACGUUGCUGGGGUGGUCGCAUAGUACGACACGUGUUCUUGCUCGGUGUCUCCAAUCAGUCAGUUACGUGGAUGCCAAAGGUACGAGAGGAGAUACAAAUUUUCAGAGAUAUUAUUCAACAAGAUUUUGUUGAUCACUACUACAACAACACAUAUAAAAUGCUAUUCGGCCUACAAUGGGCGGUCGCAUUUUGUCCCGAAGCCAAAUGGCUUAUGUUUGUGGACGACGAUUUUUUUGUGAAUCCGCGAUUGACUUUGGCAUUCAUUGACACGUUGGAUAUGCGAUUACAGACCCGAUUGGUGGUCGGUGAUUUGGCCGUGAAAGCCGGAGUACUACGGGAAAGAUCCAAGUGGAGUGUGAACAAGACCCUGUUCCCGUACAACAAUUAUCCCAAUUUCGUUCAGGCCGGGGCAUUUUUCAUGGGUGCACCAAUGGCCCUCGAUUUGUAUGUGGGAUCACGAUUUACCGAAUUUUUCCCGUUCGACGAUGUGUUCAUCGGACUGGUGUUGAACAAACUACUGAUUGCACCGGCUCACAUCCAAGGUCUGUUCAUGUAUCGUCCGAAUUUUCGCCAACGUUUUCUGCUCAACGGAUCCAUUGCCCUGCACGGGAUUCGAUCGAUGGCACGACAGAAAUGGCUUUGGCAUUUGGCACAGCUACAGGAUAUGUGUCAUUAUUGA